UCUUCUAUUGUAUUUUGACCCAGGCACAGCGAUGAAAGUAUGCGAGGCAAAAGAAGUAAAAAUUAUUAUGGAUUUUAUGGACACUAUUUGUAGUCUCUUGUGUUAUGUUCCUCACAAUGCAUGGGACCAUGUCUAAAUGACAGUCAGGAUUGAUUGCUGUUAUUGCUUGGCGUUAACCGGGCUCCUCCCCGUAUAUGGAAAUAGUAAGAUCAGCUAGGCUCGGGAUCAUGUCAGUUGUGCACUAAUGCGAUUUCACCGCCUUGUAAUCAUAACGCAGCGCUAUGCGUUAACUUUUAAAAUGUCAGAAAAAGAAACUACGAGACAAGAAUGCGUAGAAGUUGGCUUUAAACGGCGAGGCGUUUGCUGAUGUCCAGCUGUCAAACGGGCAGCCAGUAUACCCCAGCUGACGGUAUUCAGUGUUUCAUCAGCCUGUGUCCAAGUGAAGCCACGCUGGGAUGGAGCAGACGAGCAGCGUGCAGCUGGAUAUCCCGGAUUUCAGUAACUCAGUGCUGUCCCACCUGAACCAGCUGCGCAUACAGGGCCGGCUGUGCGACAUAGUGGUGAAUGUGCAGGGACAGAGCUUCCGUGCCCACAAGGUGGUCCUGGCUGCUAGCUCGCCGUACUUCCGGGACCACAUGUCGCUGGGCGAGAUGAGCACCGUGUCCAUAUCGGUGAUCCGCAACCCGUGUGUAUUCGAGCAGCUGCUGUCCUUCUGCUACACGGGCCGCCUACGACUGCGGCUGGCCGACAUCAUCAGCUACCUGACGGCGGCCAGCUUCCUGCAGAUGCAGCACAUCAUCGACCGGUGCACCCAGAUCCUGGAGGGCGUGCAUUUCACACUCAGCCUGGCCGAUGUGGAGAAGGGGCUGGGGGUCCGGGGCCAGGUUCACGGCGGUGAGGCUCGGGCUCCAGGGUCUGGAAGAAGAGGGGAAGUCAGGGCUGGGACCCAGCCUCUGAGCCCCGGCCAAAACACCCCCCAGGCCGGGGAUGCGUGGAGCUGUAGAGAUGCUAUUAGUGAUAUUCAGGAGCAGACGGAGGUGUGUGAGGUGAGCCCCCCCGGGGAGUCGAUGAGCCCCCAGGUGAUAGAGCACAGUGAGCCGGGCACCGGAGGUCAUGGGGGCUCAGAGGAGCCCUUCCUGCGGAUAAACCAGUCAGGGCAGUGGUACGUGGAGGCAGGGCCUGAGGCCGACGGGGGCGCCGUCCGCAUCAAGACCGAGAGCCUGGAGGACUGGACUGGGGCGGAGGCUCCUCUCACAGGCAGUGAGGGUGGUGCCGAGGAAGGCGCCCCAAAAAGGACGGGGCACAGGGUGUGGGUGCAGGAGGGCUUCAACGCACAGCCUUCUGGGAGCAGGAACUCCCAUCAGCCCACCAGCAGCCUCCGUGAGACGGAGAGAUUCAGCCCGACAGGCAGCGUGGCGGAGAAGGCCGAACGGCACAGGGCCAAGGCAGAGUCUCCGGGGAGGGGUGACGAUCAGAGCCACCCCACCUCGCAGGGCGAGGAACAGGCAGCGUACGACGGCGGGGGGUAUGAAGAGUACCUGCGUGAGCAGGUUGGCGACCCCUGGUUCCGCUACAACCCACGGCUCACCUGCAUCUACUGCUGCAAGUCCUUCAACCAGAAGGGCAGCCUGGACCGGCACAUGCGGCUGCACAUGGGCAUCACGCCAUUCGCCUGCCGCAUCUGCGGCAAGAAGUACACGCGCAAGGACCAGCUGGAGUACCACAUCCGCAAGCACACGGGCAACAAACCCUUCCACUGCCACGUUUGUGGCAAGAGCUUCCCCUUCCAAGCCAUCUUAAACCAGCACCUUCGUAAGAACCACCCAGCCCGCGGUCCACACAGUGCCUCGCCUGAGACCACCACGCAGGCCGGCCCCCGGGGGGAUGACUCCCCUGGUCGUGAGGAGCCCGAGGGCUCCGGCGGGGGCGGGGGGGCCUCCGUUUCCACCACGGGACCCGACUGAUAGAAGGAUGUCAACACCAUGAUGUGGUGGGUGGUCUGGGUCACCUUUUUUCCCUUCGAUUUGUUUUGACACACCGUCAGAAAAAAAACUACCAAUUUGUACCAAUGAGGGGUACAAUUACUUCUCACUGGGGCUGUACCUUCAAGAGUUUGCCAAUGCCUAACUGUAGGCAUUUUAAGGUAGAGAAAUGGACUCUGAGGAGCAUUUUUGUACCAUUGGAGGUGCAUUAAUGUUGUUCGUAAAUUGGGGUACAAAAUUGCACCUGGGCUGUACCCUUUUCUCUGACAGUGUAGGGACCUAUGGAGGUGGAGGCUUGUGGACCGGAACCAAAGGCAGAGACCCAGGAGGAUUGAUGGUGCUCAGCAUUGAGGAGCUGAGAGGACUUUCUCAAAGGACCAACCGGCUGCUCGGCAAAGUGCUCGCUUAGAGAUGCCUGCCGUUGGCUUGCCAACCAAACACAUUAAUGCCUCUAUCAAGUUACCUUACACUAUCCUAUAAACAAUGUUUUUUUUCCAGUUUACCAUGAAUUUUGAAUAUUUGUAGAUGCAAGCCAGGUCAGAUUAGGUCAGUUGGUGUUCGCCCCUGCCUUUUAUAACAGUGAGAAAUCCUUGUGUGUCAGGUACGAGACUCAAGUUUAAAAUGAACCCGUUAAUUAGUGGGAACAAAUUUAGCAUGAAGACAAUCUGGAUGAUCAAACUUUGGAAAGCAGUUUUAUCUGCUUCAGGUUAGUCAAACAUGUUUCCUCAAGCAACUCGCACAUGCUGUGACAGAGCAGCUAGCGUAAAUGAGUAUGGGCUGUACCAUCUACAGCCAGCUGGGAGGGGGAGGCGUACACUCUAAUCCUUGUCCAUUUCAGACACUUUUCAGACUUUCAUUAGCCGUAUACUAGUUAGCCAGGGUAUUUAUACAUGAAUAUACUCUCUCAUGGUUUCCCAAAUCUGCUGCUGAAUGUUUACUCUUCAGAGAACAAGAAACACAAUAUCGACCUGUAGAUAAGCUACUUUAUGACUGUUAGCGCAUAUUACGGCCAUAGCACAGGUGUAGUAAUACACGCACUUGACGGACUUUUGUGUGGAGAUUUUAUAUUUCCUCACGGUCCUUUUUUCCCUACAUACAUAUGACUGUUUUAGGAUCUUUUCAUACAUUCUGACUAAACUGUGUCUGUGUGUUUCUCAGAGCUUGAGUAACACAUGUGGAAACAGACCAAACCACAAAGUACCCAUCAAAGUCAUCGCUUCACAAAUUAAUGAACUGCUUGUACAGGGAAGCCGUGCAUGGUGCUUGGAAGGGGAUCUGUGGAUCAAGGAUUCAGGGCUUCCAGGAAUGCGGAGACAUGGGCAACAUCUCAGCAAGCCUUGUUCGCCAAGAAAAUAACAUUAUUCUGUAACUCCUAGAAACACUCGUAAACUAAAACGACAAUAUUUAACACUUCAUUACAGAUCUUGAUUUUUAAAUGACUCCAGAAAUACUGAGAUUAUGUAUAAUUUACGUAAGUAGUACAUUUGUAUUUGUACUUCUUGUACUUGUCAUAUUGCGAGCAGAAAUUUUCUGAAAAAAGCAAAUGUAGCCGGUGACUAAUGUACUGCAGUUUUUAUACUCUGAGCUGUGAAUUUACACCCCUGGGAUUCUUUGCUUGAAUGCAAGUUUUAAAACGGCUACUGAUUUUAUAGGGUGUUUUGUUACAUGCAGUCGCUCACAGGUUAUCUCCACCUCAACUGUACCCAACACAGCCAAUAUCCACCUCAACUAUGGCCAACACAACUGAUCUCCUCAGCUGCACCCAACACAGCCAAUAUCAACCUCAACUACAUCCAACACAGCCAAUUUCAACCUCAGCUGCACCCAACACAGCCAAUUUCAACCUCAGCUACACCCAACACAGCCAAUCUCAGCCGCAAUACACCCAACACAGCCAAUCUCAGCCUCAGCUACACCCAACACAGCCAGUCGCAACCUCAGCUACACCCAACAUGGGUGAUCUGCAACUCAGCUACCCUCAACAUAGCUAAUCUCAACCUCAGUUAUACUCAAACCAGCAGAUUUCCACCUUCGCUUUACAUACCUCUGUCUGCACAAAUUACAGGUGUUCAGCAGUAGCUGAUAACAGGUUUAUGCAUUUUUUUUACUCCUAUGUAUAGGUCUGGUAGUAAUCUUCAUAUUUCCCUACGUGAGCAUAAAGAUACACGUGGUUUCAAAGAAGUGUUCUUUGAAAAAAAUAUUCAGAAAUAAUAUUAUUCUGUGAUAAACAGUGUGGGUAAUGUUACAUGUUAUACAGUUUAUUGAAGCAUGUUGGUCACUGACCUUGUGGAUGUUUGUAUUUUACUCAGACAUCCUGAGUCUAGUCAUAGAUAUUUGAUUAAAUGAUCCAGUACACACAUAAACAUCCUUUUUUAUAAUUUAAUGUACAUUUCAUUCAUAAAACACAAUCUGAUUAUUAUCCAGGCCAAGAUGGAGACAUUAAUGUGAGCUAUUAAGGGACCAGUCAAGGUCAGCAUGCUGUCUUUGAAGAUGUUGAAGUUUAUCAUUGUUGUUACUAUUUUGCCAAAUGGGUGCAGAUUUGCCUUUUGUACAAAAAUUAAUUACAUGUGUGAAAAAAGAGGGCAUUCGGACCCAGGGAAGCUGGUGUUUGUGCUUCCCCAGUCUCCAGUAUGUGGUACAAUAUAUAGUGAAACUUAUAUCUGAGACCCUGGUUUGUAGUGAAAUCAAAAUAUGUAUGUUUUGGUUAUUGACAGAACAAAAUUCAGUAUCAUAAUUUUUCCCUUUAGGUGCAAAAAGCUAAACAGGAAUAUCUGUGCUGGGAUGCAUGUGCAGAGUCACAGGGCUACAAUGGUAUUGCAAACAAAAAUAUUCACACGUUUCGGUCAUGUUGUUUACUUUCUUAGUUAUUUUUUAAUGAAAAUUAUCUGCAGUAAUAUAUUUCCCUUUUAUAGCAUUUUAGUGCUUAGCACUGUCGUCUAACACCCCUGGGACCUGGGUCUCUGCCCUGGUUCCAUGUGUGUGGAGUUUGCAUGUUCUCCCCGUGUCAUCGUGGGGUUUCCUCUGGUAUUCCCCCACAGUCCAAAAACAUGCUGAGGCUAAUUGGAGUUACCAAAUUGCCCAUAGGUGUCCCUGUGAUGGGCUGCUGCUCCCAUCCUGGGUUGUUCCCUGCUUUGUGCUCAUAGCAUCCAUGACCCUGAAUAGGAUUAAGUAGUUUCAGAAAAUGGAUGGAUUUGUGAAGAAGCAUUACAAUCAAAGUUGUGUUUCAGAUAUUUUUGGUGCAUUUCCAGAACUUACCAAAUACAUUACCAAGAGUAAUAUUGUUUGUGUUACUGAACGUUUUAGUUUAUACUGAACAGCACAGGUUUCAAAUGAAGAAACUAUUGAAACCGAUUGCCUGAAUAAAUUGUACUUAAACAUCAUCUGAGAUUUAAAAUAAAGGCAAAAUGUAAUAUCUAGUAGCUCCAACUAACAACAUGAAAAAUUAGUUUUAUAUGAAAUUCUCUCCUUGGGAAUCAUUUAGCACUUGAGUUUAGAGGUUUUCAUGACAUUUUUAUUAUUCAUUGAUUCAUUCAGUGCACUUAUAAUGUGCUGUAUCAGUGGUUAUAGGUGGGUCAUGGUUGGAGGGACAUUUAAGUUUUAUAGCUAAUAGUCAUGGUUGUGCUACACUUUAUGGAGUGUGAAUAACUGCUCACAGUACUUACUGUUACAUAGAUAUAAAUGAAAUAUUUCCUAAAGCAAAGCACUUUACGUGUUACUGUGAAGGAAAGUGUAGUAUAUUUAAGGAGUGAUAAAUCCAUUGUUUGAUUUUGCCAUAUGUUACAUAAAACCAAUAAAAUGGUUUGAAAAUGUCA